GACAGGCUUGGCGGCCAAGCAAGGCGACAGGGUACCAUGACCCCAAGGUGGUAUCAAGCGGCAAGACUGACUUGGUGGCCAGGCAAACAGGGGACCAAGCCAGGUACCAACUAAGAGAGUCAUACAUAAACUAAGUCUAGGUAUCAAGCCGAUGAGACGGCUUGGUAACAACCAACAAGUUAAUGAGGAGGACUUGGUGUCAUGAGAUGGUAGCGGUCUCAAGACGACAAGAGUGGGGAGUCAUCAAGCAGCCGAGACUUCAUCAUGGAGGCUAAGGCAAAUAACCUCAACCCCCCAUCCAGCCAUGAAAGGGCGACAAGGCUUAACACCAACCCGGCCCAACAUCGAGACCAUCAAGUACCAACCAGCCCCAAGACGGGACGAGGCCCCAAGGCGACGGUUACCAACUAGUCACCAAGGCAACAACAAGCGACCCCUAAGGCGGUUAGAGCAAAAGGCCAGCUAGCAGUUACUACAGCGGUUACCAAGGCAGUUACACCCAGUGGCUAUAAAUAGGAGAAACGAAGACGGGAAAAGGGUUCCACAACCAACCAUUUGACACCACAUGUCUAACUUAUCUUUUUCUCUGCAAUGUAGCCAUAGUUGUAGCUUUUAGUUUUUGGAGCUCUCACUGAACCUCCAUAGGAGUAGAAGUAAUUUAACUUAGUUUUAUCAGCCAUCAAAAUCAUCAAACACCCUCGUUCGAACAUUAUACGGAGAGGUGUGAACCGUGUUAUUAAUCGUUGUUCGAGAAGUCAAGGUGCAUUCAUUGUGUUCAAACACCAGUUUUUACUCGCCGAAAAACAGAAUAUAACAAAGGUAAAACUCUCAUCGCUACGUAAAACAAAUAUCUCCAAUUUGUUCAUUUUGUUACUUCGGUCGAAAAAUCUACCGUCAGUUAUUUCAACGAGGCGUCGGAAACAAAAUGUGAGAUGGUAAUAAAAUUCCCAAUAUAUGUAAUUAAUCAUCACGAGAUAUCUCUGAUCUUUGCCCUAACAUGAUUGUACGACGAGAUCUUUCAUGGGAGUAUACGACGAAACUCUCCCCCAGAGAGUUGUCACCUCACCACACAAAUAUUCCCGGGGAGAGUACUCCCUUAAAAAACAAAAAAAAAAUCUAUAGCGAAACAGCAUGAAACGUAGACGCCUCGGUCGCCAUACAAACAGAAAAACAAAGCCUCCCUUUUGGUACAAGCAAAAAAGUUUGACGUGUGCUCCUCAUUCCCCACUCAUUCCAUUCUCGAUCUGCUUUCUUUCUUUCUUUCUGUCUCUUUUCUCUCCGGACAUCGAUCCGAUCCCACGCUUCUCUGCCGUUAGAUCUACGUUUGUACGUAUAUACAUGGCGAAUCACGACGGACCGAAGAUAAUAAGCGAUGGACAGGCAGCCUGCAGCUCGCGUGCCGCCGCUGAUCGGAGAAGCGUCGGCGGCGGGGGUUGCAACAGGGAGAGGAUGGAGAGGCACUGGGAGGAGGUGGCGGGUCGGGUCACGGUGCCGGAAGAAUGGGGCCACGAGGGCGUUUUGGAUGAGUGGGUGGAUUGCUCUACGUUCGACGAGCUUUUGGCGCCACACGGCGUCGUUUCGGCUCGCCGGGCUCUUGUUCGCGAUCAAGGCCGACGUGGGUGUCGUCGGGCAGCUCCGCUGGGGCUGUUGGGUGCCGAUGCUUGCCGUCGUCGUCGACGGUUGGAAGUUGGAAAGGAAGGGGGCUGUACCGUGAUCGGCAACUUAUGAACUUGUAUGUUAAGAUCUCUGAAUGGAAAGACCAAACGAGCUUUUGAUCUCAACUUCAUAUCUAGAUUAUCAUUCAUCAACAAAGGCUAUUAUUAAGCUAAUAUGUUGUGAUAUGUGUAGCUAGCUAGGUAAAAUAAUGCUUGUGUUCUUGU